GACAUUGCAUUGGUCAUCGUUUGACUCAAACUAAAUAAAAGCCUCACAUUGUUGCUCAUAUUUGCAACAAUCAAACACAAAGAAAAAAGAAAAGAAAAUAAAAGAAAAGAAAAAAAUGAAUCCACUUGGUCUAAGUUCAAGAGCUUUUUGUUGUGUGGUUGUGUUUGUCCUAAUUGGAGGAGGGGUACCCUUUACAAAUGCACAACUAGAUCCUUCAUUUUACAAUACUACAUGUUCUAAUGUUUCUUCAAUUGUUCGUAGUGUCCUCUCAAAUGUUUCACAAUCUGAUCCAAGAAUUCUUGCUAGUCUCAUAAGGCUACACUUUCAUGACUGUUUUGUUCAAGGUUGUGAUGCUUCAAUUUUGUUGAACGAUACGGCUACGAUAGUGAGUGAGCAAACUGCACCAGGAAAUAACAACUCCAUAAGAGGUUUGGAUGUGAUAAACCAAAUCAAAACCGCGGUAGAAAAUGUUUGUCCUAACACAGUUUCUUGUGCUGAUAUUCUAGCCCUUUCUGCUGAAAUAUCAUCUGAUCUGGCAAAUGGUCCUACUUGGCAAGUUCCAUUGGGAAGAAGGGACAGCUUAACAGCAAAUAAAACCCUUGCAACUCAAAACCUUCCGGCUCCCUUUUUCAACCUCACUCAACUAAAAUCAAACUUUCUUAAUCAAAACCUCAGUACUACUGAUCUAGUCGCACUCUCAGGUGGUCAUACAAUUGGUAGAGGACAAUGCAGAUUUUUCACCGAUCGAUUAUACAAUUUCAGCAACACAGGCAAUCCCGAUUCAACUCUUAACACAACAUACUUACAAACGUUGCAAUCAAUAUGUCCUAAUGGCGGACCUGGUACAAACCUAACCGAUUUGGACCCAACCACUCCUGAUACAUUCGACUCAAACUACUACUCCAAUCUCCAAAAUGGCAAUGGCUUGUUUGAGAGUGACCAAGUGCUUUUUUCCACAAGUGGUGCUGAUACUAUUUCUAUUGUCAAUAGUUUCAUCAAUAAUCAAACUCUCUUCUUUGAAAAUUUUGUAGCGUCAAUGAUAAAAAUGGGAAAUAUUAGUGUUUUAACUGGAUCUCAAGGUGAAAUUAGAACACAAUGUAAUGCUGUGAAUGGAAAUUCUUCUGGAUUGGCUGUUGUGGUCACCAAUGAAUCUUCAGAAAAUGGCAUGGCUAGCUCAUUCUGAAUACAAGUCAACAUAAGGUGGAAAAUGUUAUUGCAAUGUGCAUGUGGUGGAUCAUUAUAAUUAACCUAUGUAUUCUAAAUAUAGCUCUAUAUUAUUACUAUUACUAUAUAAGAUAUAAGAUAUAUUCAGAGUCUUUUGGUUUUGUUGUGACUUGAUAUAUAUGUGAUAUGGACAAACUAUAUAAUCAUGAUUAUUAUUGCUUUUAAAUUUCAAUUUGUGUUUAUA